CUAGAGAACAGAUGAGAUACAUAGUAGAUAUGCGCCUUGGUGGAAAUCUUGUACUGAAAACUCGUAAUUGUUAAAAUAACAUGGGAUUCAAAAUACUUUGACAUGAUUUGGACUGUGUUACUUGAAUGACAAGCUAUUGUUUUAAUAUUUAUCUAUAUGCAAGGAACCCGUAAUUUCUUCCAAUUCCUAGUAACCUGACAUUCUGCUGUUGCAGUAACUGGAAAAAUCACAACAAAAUCCGACGUGUUCAGCUAUGGAGUGGUGCUGAUGGAGCUCCUGACGGGGCUAACAGCGCUGAACGACGAGCGUGCUGAGGAAACCCGGUACCUGCCAGACUGGUUUCACCACAUCAGAUCAGACCGAGACAAGAUGAUGAACGCCAUCGACACAUCGCUCGAGAAGACGGAAGAAACAAUCGAGAGCAUAGCGAUCGUCGUCGAGCUGGCAGGCCACUGUGCUGCGAGAGAGCCUAGCCAGAGGCCCGACAUGAGUCACGCGGUGAAUGUUCUUGCACCGCUGGUGGAGAAAUGGAAGCCAGCCGAGGACAUCUCUCAGAACUUCGCGGGCAUGGAUCUCCAUGCUCCCCUGAUGCAGAUACUGAAAGUUUGGCAUGAUAAAGGCACGACGAACUCCUCGGACGCUUCUUCAACUUCGGUGAGUUAUGGUGGUGAUAGCAAGAGCAGCCACUCGGCUGGUGCUACUUGGUGUCCUGACUCCUUCAAUUCUGGUAAUUGUCGAUAAGCCGUUGGAUUAUCCGAUGAUCCAGUUUGAGCUAUGAUCACGUCAAUAUCUCGUUGUACCGGGUAUGUUACAAGGUUUUUGAGGAGGAUUUGGGGAAGGGGACAUUUUGGUUUUGUUGUGUUUCUUGCAGGUGGCAAGAAACAGAAAUGGUGGUUAUGUAGAUAGGUAGUAACUAGACAGCCCGUUGAUGUUUAUUGCAUUGUUUUCGUUUUCGCAGGUUGAGUUGGCUGGUUUACUUUCAUAACAACUUCCUUGAAGGUGAUUGAAUUCGACUUGUUUUUUCUUUGUUUCCCUAGUGGUAAUUUCUGGUCUCUUCAUUAGGGCUAAGACGAUAGAGAUUUUUCAGAGUGUCAAUCUGAUUUGGGAGAUGGUCUUAUAAAGUUUUACUAAUUUGGAAAAUGGGUUUUAGGAAGACAGUUCUAUAGGUUGUUUUGUUUAGUGGCGGAGACACAAUGUGAGUGAUGAGGCUGAAAAAUUUAAGUUUUGAAGGGAGGAGAUAAAGCGUUACCAAAUUAAUUGACCACAAAAUUUUCCUGUAUUUCUAAGGCCUAUAUGGAUUUUGAGAGCUUUACUCCGUCAUUACCUGAUCUUUGGACAACUGGUUAGAUUUAACUGAGCUUCACUCGCCUCGAAGCAACACAUUGUUUGGUUAAUGCGCUUGAAAAUAUGUCAUAUCUACUACAAAGCCAAUUUGGUUAAACAUGUCGCACGCCAACGGCCCAAACCUCAGUUGGUGUCCAUUUCGAUGAUAGUUUUCAGUACUACACUUGCCUAUGAGUUUAUAUAUAAUAUGUCUAGAUUUGAAUUUCAAUGCCAUAUACUAAGGCCAAGUCCAAUGCAAAAUCCCAAAUUUGGGGAUUGAUCCCCAUUUUCCCUUCUUUUGCUCCAAUGCUUCAAUCUCCAUAUUUGGGGAUUUUCAUUUUUCUAGUUUUUCCAUUUACUUGAAAAUGUACUUAUCGUAGUCUUAAUAUAAUUUAUUCAUAUUAAUUUUUGUAUAGUUCGUUAUCAUUUUUAAAUACAAAUUUUUCGAUAGAAUUUUGUUAAAUUCCGAGUCCGAAUUUUUUUGGCAAAAUAUUAUGUACCUAAUUUGGGUUUAUACACAACACUUGAAAAUGAUUGAUUUAAUUAAAUCUCUAUCUAAUUCCCUAAUUAAACUCUCAAUUAACCCCUAAAAUCUUAAAAAGAAAAAGAAAAGCCACGUGGCGGGCUUUGGUGAGUCUCUAUAUUUGGGGGAUCCCCCAUUUCCAUCCCCAAAUUUGGGGUUCCAUUUGCAGGAUCCUCCAUUUUUAGAGGCCCAAACCUCCCCAUUUGACCAUCUCCUCCUUCAUUUUUGCAGAUUCCCCUAUAAAUGGGGUGCCCAUUGGACUCAGCCUAACACAUUAGUAUUGAAUCAUCUCUCUGUUUUCUAAAACAAGAUAAGGAUACAUCAAGUUAAAACUCAACUCAUCGAAGAUUUUCUAGCUUAAAUUUCUAUCAUUUUCCUCUUCCUAUGUGGACAUAGACGAGGCCACAUGGUGGAUGCAGAGAGAUUGGAAACCAAGCCAUACAAUUGGGUUCCAAUUGAAUUGGAGAGAAGAGAAGGUGGUGCAAUUCAAUCAAUCCCCAUCGGUGGGAGCAACUUUUGGCGUUUGGUUCUCAUGAAAUUUGAGUUUGGUAUUAUUGGCGAGAUGUGAAAGAGAGGGUUUGCCAUGUGCAACUCUGCAGUGUUCUUAAAUUGCAUGCCUCUCUUUGUCACUCUUCUUUCCGUUAAGUUGUUGCUAUCAAAUGUGAUUAGGGUUGUACAUGGGUUAGGUGGUCCGAGUUUAGUCAUUUUAAUCACCCGAUCCAUGCACUACGGUUUGAAAAAUAUUAAACCCAAACCCACCCAAAAAAAUUAGGGCUAAUACCAUUGGGAAACCCGAACUAUUAACUUUGUGUCAUUUGUGUCAUAAAGUAUUCGAUAUGAC